GAAACAAAUUAAAUCGUGUUCUUUGUAGACAAAUUCAAUUAGAAUAUUUUCGAGAUGAAUCCAACGGAACCUACCAGUACAGAAACUUUAAGCUCGAAGAUGAAAGAUGUUAUCGAUGUAUUGGCUAUGCAACGAGAAAAGAGGAAUACUUUGCAAAAAAGUAUUACAAUCGAUUAUAUAAAAAGUAACGACAGUUUUACAGUGUCACGGUUCAUAUUCGAAUGUGGUUUGAAGUUGGAGGCUCAACCAUUAACUAUUGCUACAGCUGCAAUUUUAUACCAUAGGUUUAUGAAAGAAUCUGCUCCAGGAGGUUACGAUAACUAUUUGCUCGCUGCAACUUGUCUGUAUUUAGCGGGGAAAGUGAAAGAUGAUAAUCUAAAGAUAAGAGACGUGAUGAACGUAUCUUAUAGCACGUUGCACAGAGGAUCGCAACCACUGGAAUUAGGUGAUCAAUACUGGAGCAUGAGAGAUGCGAUUGUACAAGCUGAACUUCUGAUAAUGCGUAUGCUUAAAUUCCAAGUGACCCCCGUUCAUCCACACAAAUACAUGCUGCACUAUCUAAGAUCUCUUCAAGCCUGGUUUGGAGAAGAAGAAUGGUCUAAAUACCCCGUCGCAAAGACUAGUAUGGCACUUCUGCAAGACUUCCAUCAUUCCCCAGCCAUACUCGAUUAUCCACCAAAUUUAAUAGCAAUCGCUUGCAUUAAUUUAGCUCUACAGAUCUACGGUGUAGUAGUACCGUUAAUGGAUGAAUGCGAUCAACAGCCUUGGUUCAAUGUAUUUUGUAAGGAAUUAACGCGAGAUAAAUUAUGGGAAAUAAUGGAAAAAGUUAUGGCAGCGUACGACGAGGAACCAGAGACGAGAGACAACUGAAGGAUUUUAGCGCUUUUACUGACAUUGCAAUUUAAUACAAAACCAUCGAUCUUCUCAUGAAACUUGGUAUUGGCAAAGUACAAAUAUAAGUCAGAUCAUUGAAACAUGAUA